CUUUCCCAAACAAAACGACGACGUUGCCGCACUAACCCUAACUUAAAACCUACCCUCGCCACCUCACACCGCCGUGCAGCCGCUCGCGGAGGAGCUCCGCCGUUGAUUACCUCACUACGCUAUUAGGUAUUUUGUUUUUUGAAGCUUGAGAAUAAAUGAAUAUAUAACGAUAAGUGUUUUAGAUGUGUUUGCGAUAUUGGUAGAUUAGAACGUUAUUCGGUAGGGUGUGUGUUUGGAUCACAAUGAUAAAGCCUACGGGGCAUAAAGAAAGGAACACGAUUAAAUCUGAGGUUUCGAGGAGUUACUCGGAUGAUGGCACUGCUGCUAGAACGAGGCCCUUUAGUUUUGAUGAGAUAAUGCUUAGAAGGAAAAUGAAGAAGGAAACUGGUAAUGUUGAUGAUCAACGUGUUGAAACAGAUGUGGUUUUGGGUAAAGGAGAUGAGGAUAUGUCUGGUCGCGUUGAAUCUGUUAGACACGGGGAUGAUGUUCGUGAUAGUGAAAGAGAUGGUUGUAGGGAGACUUUAAAGAUAAGUUCCAGGAGUGAAGAGGAUAGGUAUAGGUCAAGGGAAGAUGAAAUAGUUGAUAGUGAACGUGAAAAACGUGUUUCUAGGGAUCCUGUAAAGUUAAGCUCACGAACAAAAGAGGAUAAACCUCAAUUGAGGGAAGAUAAGAUAGAGGAUAGUGAACACGAAAAACGUGUUUCUAGGGAUUCUGUAAAGUUAAGCUCACGAAUAAAAGAGGAUAAGCCUAGUUUGAGGGAAGAUAAGAUAGUGGAAAGUGAACAUGAACAGCUUACUUCUAGGGAACCUGUAAAGGUAAGCUCACGAACAAAAGAGGAUAAGCCUAAGGUGCGGGAAGACAAGAUAGUGGAAAGUGAAUAUGAACGCCGUGCUUCUAGGAAGGUUGGAAAGAUAAGUUCACGAGUAAAAGAGGAUCAGUCUAAGAUGCGGGAAGACAAGAUAGUGGAAAGUGAAUAUGAACUGGGUGCUUUUAGGGAGCAUGUAAAGGCAAGUUCACGAUUAAAAGAGGAUCAGUUUAAGGUGCGGGAAGACAAAAUAGUGGAAAGUGAAUAUGGGCAACGCACUUCUAGGGACCCUAUGAAGGUAACUUCUCGAACAAAAGAGGAUAGAUCUAAUUUGAGGGAAGACAGAGUAAGGGAAACUAACAGGUCUAAUUUGAGGGAAGACAGAACGAGGGAAAGUAAGUAUGAACAAUAUUCUUUUAGGGACGGUUAUCGAACAAAAGAGGAUAAGUCUAAGGUACAAGAAGAGAAAAUAGGGGAACGUGAAUACGAAAAACAUACUUCCAAGGACCUUGCAAAGGUAAGUUCACGAGCAAAAGAGAACAAGUCUAAGGUGAGGGAAGACAAGACAGUGGAAAGUGAAUACAAUAAACAUGCUUUUAGGGACCCUGUAAAAGUAAAUUCACGGACAAAAGAAGACAAGUCAAUGGAAAGUGAAUACGGAAGAUAUGCUUCUAGGGACCUCGCAAAGGUAGCUUCUCGAACUCAAGAGGAAAAGUCUAAGGUGCGAGAAGAUAAAAUAGUGGAAAGUGAAUACAAACAACAUGCUUCGAGGGACCCUGCAAAAGUAAGUUCACAAGCAAAAGAGGACAAGUCUAAAGGGAGGGAAGAAAAAAUGGUGGAAAUUGAAUUUAAAGUACGCAGUAAUACUCAAAUUAGAUCAGAGAUUGUUAGUAACAAUGUGAAAGAUAAAAGGUCAGAAAGAGGUCACGAGAAGAGAAAGAACCAGGAUAGGGUGAAUGAUGAGUUUGACCGUGAACAUGUAAAGAGGCAUGCUAAGGAACCUGAAGUGAAAGACAGCGAUAGAGAGAACUCUGAACAUGUGAGCAAGAGGAAGACUCAAAACGGAUAUGAUGAGCGAGGCAGAGACCAGGAUGCUGGGAAGAAACAUGAAUCGAGAAAGUGGCAUGAUUCCAGUACUUCAGAGAAUAAGCAAAAAGGGUUAACGUCUGAAUCUUUCCGUGAAGACUUAAAUAUGAGGAGCAAACGAUCCAGGAGUAGAGAGCAUGAGAGAGACAGAAGUAAAAGAUCGAAGUCACGCUCACCAAGGGGACAUAAACAACGAUUGUAUGAUGCACGAGAGCAUGAAGAUGUAUCCUCACAUUCUUCAAAAGAUAGGAAGAAGAUAUCAAAUAAUGGUUCAAGUAACAAGUCUAAGAGACAUGAUGCAUCUUCAAGUCGGCUUGGUGGCUAUUCUCCAAGAAAGAGAAGAAGCGAGGCUGCUGUUAAGACUCCUUCUCCAACUAGUCGUUCUCCAGAGAAGAAAAGCACUGUAUGGGAUUCACCACCUGCUAAGAUGGAAAGCAAUGUCCUUUUAUCAAAAAAAAUUGAACUGUCUAAUAGACAUGAGGUAUCCAGUACGGUCCUCCUCACUCCAAGCAUCCCCAAACCAACGUUCGGGGUUCUUUCCAGCAUUCCUUUGAUGAUGAAUGCCUCUGUUGACUCGGUCCAGCUAACUCAAGCAACCAGGCCUAAAAGGAGGAUUUAUGUAGAGAACUUGCCAUCUUCAGCUUCCGAGGAAGCUGUAAUGAAAUGGCUUAGUGGUUAUCUUCGACCUUAUGGUGUUAAUCAAGCUCAAGGCACAGGCCCGUGCAUUAGCUGUAUUAUGAACAAGGAUAAGGGCCAGGCUCUAGUGGAAUUUCUCACACCUGAGGAUGCUUCUACUGCUCUCCAUCUUGAUGGCAAGUCUUUUUCGGGCAACAUUCUUAGAAUCAGACGCCCCAAAGACUACGUUGAAACAACUACUGGUGUUUUGGAGAAACCUGCUGCUGGAGCUGUUUCUUCUGUUAGAAACAUUGUUGAAGACUCUCCUAAUAAGAUUUUUAUUGGUGGGAUUUCAAAUGUUAUUACAUCCGAAAUGCUCAAGGAGAUUGCUAGUGCUUUUGGACCUCUAAAGGCUUAUCACUUCGAGGAGCAUGUAGAUCUUGACAGUCCAUGUGCUUUCGUUGAGUAUGCAGAUCAAUCAGUCACUGUCAAAGCAUGUGUGGGCCUUAACGGUAUGAAAUUGGGGGGUCAAGUUCUGACUGUAACUCAAGCACUUCCGGAGGCUUCCUCAGUGGAAAAUCAAGGCGGCCAACCUUUUUAUGGAACUCCAGUGCAUGUACGACAACUUCUUAAGAACCCAACACAAGUCCUGAAACUCUCUAAUGUGCUGGACCCACACAGCCUAUCAUCAUUAUCUGAAUUGGAUUUGGAAGAAAUACUAGAAGAUUUACGCCUAGAAUGUGCCAGGUUUGGCAUAGUCAAGUCUAUUAAUAUCAUCAAGCAACCCAAAAUGCUCAUAAGCCCGGAGACAAUUACAGUCGAUGAAGAAGCUAAUUCAAUGAUAGAUGAAGUAACAGAGCCUUCAGGACAGCAUGAAAAAGUUGAAGAACCGGCAGCUGUGAAUUUGAGUCUUGAUAAACAAGAUGACUCAGCUCCUCAAGGCGGCGAUGAUGAACCUGAAAAAGUUAACGGGGAUGCAGAAGCUAAUGGCAUCGAUGGUAAUAAACAUGAAGACAAGAUGGUAGAAGAAGAAACAUACGAUACAAAAAUGGUUGAUAGUGUCAUAGAAAACCAGAACUUGGAGAACCCCAACCAGACAAGUUCUGUGAUAGAUCAUCUGAAGUUGAACGAUUUCAAACCUACUGAUAAUAUUCAGGCGGAAAUCAAGUCACCAAAAGCAGAAUCAUGUGGUAUCGAUGAUUCAUCUGAUAUUAAUGAGGCUUUCGAGGCGGGUUGUGUCUUGGUAGAGUACAAGAGAACAGAAGCUUCUUCAAUGGCUGCACAUUGUUUACAUGGGCGAGUUUUUGAUGGAAGAAUGGUGAAUGUGGAAUAUGUUGCAUAUGAUGUUUACUGCACCAGGUUUCAUAAAUGACUUUAUUACCACUGUCUUGAUGGCUAACCUUUUUGCAUUAUCUCACUAGAAUUCAAUGAUCAAGAUGAAAACAGACGAUAUAUUGUAAUAUGUAUAUGUCAAUGGAUGUUGUCAUCAGUUUUUACAUGAUGAUCUUGUAUGAAAAAUCAUAUUUGAGUAA